AUGGAUUCCCACCACCGGACCUUUGACACGGUCAAUGUUCCUGACUGUAUUCACUAUAUCUUUGGCAGCUGCAUUAUUGUGAUUGGCACCAUUGGAGUCUUGGGGAAUCUCCUGGUACUUUAUGCAGUUUACAGCGACAAGAAACUGAGGACGGCACCAAACUUCUUCAUAACCAACCUGGCAGUCAGCGACUUCCUGAUGUCCGCCUCCCAGUCUCCCGUCUUCUUCGUCAGCAGUUUAAACAAGCGCUGGAUAUUUGGCAAUAUCGGUUGUAAACUAUAUGCCUUCUGCGGAGCACUGUUUGGCAUUACAUCUAUGAUUACUUUAAUGGCAAUCUCUAUUGAUCGCUAUUGGGUCAUAACAAAGCCAUUACAAUCAAUAAGCUCGACGACGACAAAGAAGAAUACACUGAAGGUCAUCAUUCUGGUUUGGCUAUAUUCGCUUGCAUGGAGUCUUCCUCCACUCCUUGGUUGGAGUAAGUUCCUAUAUCCUGAAGGUCUGAUGACUUCCUGCACCUGGGAUUACGUGACAAAUUCUCCAUCUAACAGGAGCUACACUUUGAUGCUCUGCUGCUUUGUGUUCUUCGUGCCACUGAUUGUAAUUUCCUACUGUUACAUCUGUAUGUUCAGGGCUGUAAAACACACCACCAGGGAUAUUGAGAAGAUGGGAGGCUGCAGAAGAAAAGCGUAUGAAGCCCAUCAACAAACAGUAAAGGUUGAAUGGAAAUUGGCCAAAAUUGCAUUUGUGGCGAUUGUCGUGUUUGUGCUCUCGUGGUUCCCUUAUGCAUGUGUGACAUUAGUUGGAUGGGCAGGGCAUGGCGAUAUCCUGACUCCCUAUUCGAAAACCGUUCCUGCCGUAUUAGCAAAAGCUUCUGCCAUCUACAAUCCCGUCAUCUACGCAAUAAUUCACCCCAACUACAGGAGAGCUCUUGCUAAAAGCAUCCCGUGCCUCUGCCUCUGCUGUCUGUCGUGCAUACGGAGGAAGGAUUUAAUGUUGGGUUCUAUCAGUGAUUCCUCAGAAAGAACAUUGGUCAUCACUCGCCAGUCUUUGGGUUUGAAACCCAAGGUUAUGUCUAGUGGAGAAAAUGAGACCUUCACUACUAAUCCUGACAUGGAAACACAGAGAUGCUUGACAGAGUACCACAGAGAAUUGGUGUCUGAGUCCCUAAACAUGUUAUAUUACCCAAUCUGGAAUAGAGCCUACGGGAGAAGUCAGGACUGUGAAAUCGCCGUCGCUGAAAAUGAAUGGAGAGCAAUCGAGGAAGACUUAAGUGACGUUACCAUCCCUCAAAUUGUCACGAUCCCCGCCUCACAGACCGGUUUGUAUGAGGAUGUGUUGCCUGUCGGAGAGGAUUCUUUCCCGGAGAUGGGCACUGAGACUGAAGUACAAAUCCACACCGAUUGCGAAUGGAUCGAUUCAGAUGUCUUUGGCAGAAUCCAAAUUUGUCCCAGUUCAGACCAGUUUGCAAUCAAGCGCGGUCGGUAUGAGAUAAGCAUUUAAACGAGUGGCACACCCAGGCAAAGAAGAAACAAAUUCCUCCGAUGCAGGGCCUGUUAUGCUAAAAGGUCGCAUGAUAAUUGCACGUGGUUGAGGGCAACAAGUGGUCCGAAUGGUCUUCAGCCUAAGAACAGAAGAAAUCUUGGGUUCCAAUCUCUUCAUUCUACCCCAGAAACUAAGAAGUUAUUCUAACUUUGAACUUCAGGUACGGAUUCAGAGCAUCUGGAUUUUUGAUAAUAAUAAUAAUAACCGUCCUUGCGUUUGAUAUAGUCAAAUGCUCAUUCCUACCUUUUAUACAAGGAAAUAGCGACGCCAUAAGUUUGGUGUUUUACAAACACAUGACCAUUAAUAUCAUUGUCUGGUCAUUUUCCUACAGUAUUUACUUUUAGCAGAAUAAGGUUUAUUUAGAGCAGCCUUCGACCUUCCUCGUAACCUAUCAGUCCAUUUGACGACUGGUUAAUGAUGGGAUCAAAGGUUUCAUCCGACACACCACUCUCUUCAUACCAUCACAGA